AUUGUAGAAGUAAUGAUGUUUUCUUGUGUUGUGUAAACAAAUAUGAAUAUUAUGCGGUGGAAAAAAGUGCUACUUUGUUACCGAAGGCGUUUCAAGAGCUCGAGAGUGAAGUAUGGCGAAUAUAUAUAUAUAUUUGAUUUUAUUCAUUUGCCAAGUCGAAGAAUCGUUUCAAGAAGCUCAAAGUAUGUAGUGUGAAUGAGGAAAAAACUAUACAAAACCUACAAGUACGUGGAAAACAAAAGGAAACAUGACUUUACAGUAUACGGUAGGCCUAAAUACAGUUGACGGAAGACCUAAAGUGAAAACAAAAAUGAUCACGUCCUAUAUUCACUAUCAUGAUAAUAAUUUAUCAGAACUUAUUAUAGAUACCAUUUUUUUGUAAUGAAAAUAACUGAAGAUAAAUUCAUCUUAUAUUGUCUGAUUUUCGUCAUCGAUAAUUGAUUAUACAGCGAAUAUAACCGCAUCUGCCUGACUGAAUCCACCACUAAAACUCGUCACAAAACGGGACAUUUAACUAUCAGCGCAGGCCUCGAGCAAAAUGUAAUCAUGUUUAAAUAUUUUCUCUUUUUAAUCAUAUUUUAAUAAAUUAUGUUUCGUUUUGCUCGAGGACUGCGCUCUAUAUACAUUUUCAAAUUUUAUAGUAAAAAUUGCCUUGAAUAUGUUAAUUUCCGGUAAACAUCGUGCAUUUAGCGGAUGCUAGUGUUGCUUAGCAACGCUUUGCACGAUUAUUUUUACGGAUUUAUCGCUUACACUUGACAUCAUAUUUGUAAUUAUGCAUUUAUUUACUUUUCAUAAACAACUUGAAAAAUGUUGGAAUUUUAGGCAUUUAUACCAUUACAACCGUACCUAGUUCUUUCAGCAAUAAUACACCUGUCUGUUAAAGAAGUACAAUUGAAAUCAAUAGAUGCAUGGAAAUAAAAACUUGAUUUUUUUUAUUUGACACUUCAUCUUUUUUACCCUGAUAGAUUUAAAAAGAACAAAAUUAAAUCCAUUAUGGAGUUCUAUAAUGAGAAAUGUUUACAUUUUUUCUUAGUUUGGAUGUACUUAUAAUCUGGUUACUUUCCUGUUUGUUGCAAUGCAAAAUUUUUGUAGACCUUGUAUUUCUGGCUGUGUAUUUUAAAGAAGCUGGAGGGAUCAUUUAAAAAAGAAUAUCUUGGAACUUUUCCAUAUUAUCGUGUGAACAUUUUUUAAACCCUGAGGUAUUAAUAAAUAUCAAAUAAUUAAGCAAAAUAUGAAUCAAGGACAUCUUGGGACGGAGUAUUAGUGUAAAUAUUAAGCAUGUUAUUUUUUGGAUGAUACAGAGAUCACUGAAUCAAAUAAACAUAUAUACAUGUAUUAAUUUUAUAUAAAAAAGCUUUUCAUUGAGGUUUCAUAUAGCAAAUUGUUGAAGAUAAAUGUUUCAACCCUUGUAUUAACUAUACAACAAUGCAAUUAAUAUAUGAUAUUUCAGGUUCAUCAUGGAUGAAUUUGAUGUGAAUUCCUGUUUCCACUCUGAUCAAUGGAUUUGUCCUAUUGCAGACUGUGGGAAAAAACUAAGCCGAAAACAAACGCUACAAACCCACCUUUUAUGCAUUCACUCUGUAACAGUGGGAAAUCCAGUCAAAAGAUAUAAACAAUAUGACCAUGAUGACUUUCAAUCACAACCAAGAACUACUAAAUGGAGGAAGAUUAAACAAAAUACUGCAGACAUUGAUGUGUACAAUGAAGGCGCAAGCUCUUCCGCUGAUGUAACAGCUUCUUUAACAUCCACACAAUGUAUUGCCACUCAGCCUGAAGAAACAUUUUGCUCAACAGCAGUUGAGCAGAGUUCCAAUGGACAAAAUCUCGAAGCAGAAAUUGAGGAAAUUAUUAAUUCAGACUAUGCUGGAAAUGUAGAAAUAGACAUGGAGUUAAAAUUCAGAAAAUUCUACAACAUCGUCUUCAGAAAGUGAUGAGUCAGAAGAAGAAGAAUAUAAAAAAGG